UAUUCAGUCAACGCGACCCGCGCUAGCUGCGCCGCUGUGGGAGGGCGCUGGGAUCAGGUUUUCGGGACUAUGGAGGGCGCACUGUACCACGAGGCCGGGCAUUAAGCCUAGCCCUUCUAAGCUUGUUGCCUCAGAUACUACAAAUACUAGUACUUCUACAUGUACAAGCAGGGUGCGUGCCGUCUUGGAUGAGUUCGAUCAAAUUUGACAGUCGGCCCACGUAGAGCAAGAAUUCACAAAAGCAACGACAGAAUACCUACUAACUGAGGGAAGUCUACCAUAUACGUCCGAGAGUGUCAGCAAAAGAAAAGGAAAAUGGAGAAGGAAAACAAUCGGAGGAAAAGAAAGGAGAUACAAGUUGAAGUUCCUACUAUAGAAGAAGACUCUGACAACUCUUGCCAUUUUAAUAGUGAUACCGGUACUUUAGAACAUCCUCCAUUGAAAAGACGGAACGUUUGUAUUGAAAAUCCUGGUUGUUCGUCUACUUUUGAUGCAAAUUCAUCCGGGAGUGAUGCUGAAUCUGAAGAAUGGGAAGAUGUUGAAGAUGGAAGCCUCGGAGAGUCUUUCUACAAACCUGAAGCAGCAGGAGCCAUCUGCCAUAAUCAAGAUAAUCUUCAUGGGAAAGUGGUGGCGAUUAGUAUUGACCUUCCUGGAACUUCCCAUGGCAAUGGGCGAAAGUCUACAGAAAACUGUGACUGGUCAAAGCAAAUUCAGUUCCAUGUUAACCGCUUCAACAGAGCUCUUCAGCUUCAUCUUCACAAGGUUCACCUUAUUUGUCUCAUUGCCAGUGCUUUACACAACAAUAAGACAUGUAACGAUGCAGAGUUGCAGGCAAGGGCACUCUCACAAGUACCAAUCCACCUUGUGCUUGGUGCUUCAUCUGCUGGUUCUUGUACCUUCGAUCUUAGUUGGUUUUCAGUAUUCAUAAAAUGGUUCAGGGCAUCGUAUUGUGUAGGCAAGACUGCAUCUAGAAAACCAGCAAAAUCAGUAGAUGAAGUCCUUCAUCAAUGCAUAGAGGAAAUGUCAGUAUCUAAAGAAAGCGACAAGGCCCUUAUUUGUUUGACAACUACGAGAGCACUUGGUCUUCAAGCUCGCUUGAUCAAAUCUCUCCAACCAAUCCCUGUGAAGUAUAACAUGCUGAGAAAGGUACUCAGUAAAGAAGUCCCACAGAAAGAGUACUCACCGAAAGGAAAACCAUUUGAUGCAGAUUUCACGCCGAAGAGAAAUGUAAAAAAGAAACAAAAAGUGUCAAAAACCAACCUGAAUUCAAGUAAACCGAAAAGAAACAGUGGGGCCCACCUUGGAAUGAACAAAGUGCUUCGCAAGUAUGGAAACAAAAAGAAAAUGGGAGAAACGAGUCCAGGUAGUGAUUGUGAGGCUGAUGUGCUUUUGAAAACAGAAGUACAAGUACUUUCAAAAACCUCUUCUGCUUGUAGAAAGACAAGCAACAGACAUAUAUUAUCCUCGGACUCAGAAGAUGACUGCAGAAAGGAUGUUGUGCCCUCAAAUAGAACAGAGUUGAACAGUUGGAUUGAAAUUUACCUUCCUCAAGAAAAGAAGUGGAUCUGUGUGGAUUGUGUUGGGGGCCAUAUCGACCGACCAGAUUUAUGUGAGCAGAGUGCAACUAAUCCAAUAUGCUAUAUUAUAGCUGUUGAUAAUGAAAACUGUGUAAAGGAUGUCACCAAGCGCUAUGCAUCCAAGUGGAUGCAUGAGACAGAAAAGCUGAGGGCGCCCUUAGUCUGGUGGGAGAACACAUUGAAACCUUACCACACAAAGCUUAUCAAAAAAGAUAAAGAAGAAGAUGAACACUUACAAAAACAACUUCAAGAAAAACCUAUGCCAACAAGCAUUUCAGAGUUCAAGAACCAUCACUUAUAUGUACUAAAGCGGCACCUGUUGAAAUUUGAGGCCCUGUACCCUGAAUCUGCUACUAUUUUGGGCUACUGUAGAGGUGAGGCAGUAUAUUCAAGGAACUGUGUUCACACUCUGCACACAAAAGAAACCUGGAAGAAACAAGGUUUAGCUAUUCAGCAUGGUGAAAAACCUUAUAAAAUGGUCAAAGCCAGACCAAGAAAGAACAAGUCUCAUGAGCCACUCCUACCACUUUAUGGUCAAUGGCAAACUGAGUUAUACAUCCCACCAGCAGCAGUAGAUGGCAAGGUACCACGUAACGAGUAUGGCAAUGUAGAACUGUUUCAGCCAUCUAUGUUGCCCAUGGGGACAGUGCAUCUUCAAAUUCCUGGAUUACAUCGAGUUGCCCAAAAGAUUGGCGUAGACUGUGCACCUGCUAUGGUUGGAUGGGAUUACCAUGGAGGCUUUUGUCAUCCAGUAUUUGAUGGAUUUGUUGUCUGCAAGGAAUUCACUGACAUUCUCCUUGAUAACUGGGAAAAGGACAAUGCAGAGAGAGAGCACAAAUUGAAUCAGAAAAAAAGGAUCCGCGCCGAGAAAAAUUGGAAAACCUUGGUUACUGGUUUGUUGAUAAGAGAGCGACUAAAUGAUCGUUUCCAAAGAACUCUAUCUCCAACUGCUGGAAGUGAGGAUGAUAUUGACUCGUGGCCACUUAACAAGCUCAACCAGCUGAAAGAUGAAGAAAAAUAGACCAGCAGGAUCAGCUCCAAGUGGGAUGUUCCUAUCCAUCCAAGAGGCUGUGUGUGUGUUACUUCUUCAUUGUCAGGCUUGGAAUAAGCUGAUUUACUGCAACAUUAGCUAUCUGACCAAUCCUGCACAUUGGGAAAUGGGACCUGCCACUCAUUCACAGGCACAGAGGUUACCUGGGACCACCUCUACAACCACACCUCCAACACCAAACUCUUCAUUUAGUGGCAAACACUAAGACAAAACUAGGACAAAAACAUUGGACACAAAUAUUAAAUGUUUUUCAUCUAAGCAUGUAAAUUUAUUCGACCCCACUCGCCAGCCAACCACAGUUGAUAUGACGUCAUUUCAUUCUGAAAUCUGGACUCGGUAAGCUGUUGAUUGUAUUUGUAACGCAACAACGGGCAUAGAGAUCCACCCUAACAGAACUCAACCCAUCAAAUUCCAAUGGCAUAUUGUGUUGGAAUCUGUUAGGAUGGGUACAGUACCCCUGAACUGACAGUAUUUUACAUUGGGUUG